UUUAAUACUAUUACUUUUCUCUCAAGGUGACCUCUACUCGUCAACAUGGCCAUCCCACUUGCCCAUGGUUUUCAAAACCAGAACCAGAACCAGCAUUUCUUUUUUACAGUGAAGCCCAACUUGUCAAAACCUAUAUUAUCACGCACACAAAACCCUUCAAAGCCCACAAAAAAAAAAAGCAAUCAAUUCUUUCAUCUCUCUCUAAAACUUGUAACCCACUUUCAUAUUUUUGCUUGAGUGUUGUUGUUUUAGCAUGGAUUCUGCAAUCCAAAUUGGCUCAACGGUGCACCACAACUCAACUCCUGCUCCUGCUCCUGCUCCCGUUCCUGCCCAUGCUUGCAGUGGCACUUUGGGGAGUCAUUUGGCUCGGCGGCUGGUAGAGAUCGGCGUUAGAGAUGUGUUUUCUGUUCCUGGAGACUUUAACCUGACACUUUUAGACCAUUUGAUAGCUGAGCCAGAGCUGAACUUGAUCGGCUGCUGUAACGAGCUGAACGCUGGCUAUGCUGCUGAUGGUUAUGCACGUGCCAAAGGUGUCGGGGCAUGUGUGGUGACUUUUACUGUAGGUGGGCUUAGUGUGCUUAAUGCGAUUGCUGGUGCUUAUAGUGAGAAUUUGCCUAUUAUCUGUAUUGUUGGUGGGCCCAAUUCCAAUGAUUAUGGAACGAACAGGAUUCUGCAUCACACUACAGGGUUGCCUGAUUUUACACAGGAGCUCAGGUGCUUCCAGACGGUCACUUGCGUUCAAGCAGUGGUGAACAACUUGGACGAUGCACAUGAGCAGAUUGACACGGCAAUUUCAACUGCUCUAAAGGAAAGUAAACCAGCUUAUAUUAGUAUAAGCUGUAAUUUGUCUGGAAUCCCUCAUCCAACUUUCUCUAGGGAACCUGUGCCAUUCUUUCUGGCACCUAAGGUUAGCAACUAUUUAGGAUUAGAAGCAGCUGUUGAAGCAACUGCCGAAUUUCUGAAUAAAGCUGUGAAGCCUGUCAUUAUUGGCGGACCCAAGCUUAGAGUAGCAAAGGCGCAGAAGGCCUUUAUAGAAUUUGCAGAUGCCAGUGGAUAUCCCAUAGCUGUCAUGCCUUCUGGGAAAGGGCUAGUGCCAGAGCACCACCCUCACUUCAUAGGGACAUAUUGGGGUGCUGUCAGCACCAGCUUCUGUGUGGAGAUAGUAGAGUCUGCUGAUGCCUAUGUUUUUGUUGGUCCCACCUUCAAUGAUUAUAGCUCUGUUGGAUAUUCUUUGCUGAUCAAGAAGGAGAAAUCAAUCAUAGUGCAGCCUAAUCGUGUGACUAUUGGCAAUGGCCUUUCGCUUGGAUGGGUUUUUAUGGCCGACUUCUUAAGUGCUUUGGCCAAAAAACUGAAGAAAAACAGCUCAGCUUUGGAAAAUUACAGACGCAUCUUUGUCCCUCCUGGCAUGCCUUUGAUGCUUGAGAAAGAUGAGCCUCUUAGGGUCAAUGUACUCUUCAAGCACAUUCAGAACAUGUUAGGGGGAGAUUCUGCUGUAAUUGCUGAAACCGGAGACUCAUGGUUUAACUGUCAGAAACUCUGCCUACCUGAGAACUGUGGGUAUGAAUUUCAGAUGCAGUAUGGAUCAAUUGGCUGGUCAGUUGGUGCAACUCUUGGUUAUGCUCAGGCAGCUAGAGAUAAGCGUGUGAUUGCCUGUAUAGGUGAUGGGAGUUUCCAGGUAACAGCUCAGGAUAUUUCAACUAUGAUCCGAUGUGGGCAAAGGACUAUCAUAUUCCUCAUCAACAAUGGAGGUUAUACGAUUGAAGUAGAGAUUCAUGAUGGUCCUUACAAUGUGAUCAAGAACUGGGACUACACUGGCCUUGUUAAUGCCAUCCACAAUGGCGAAGGCAAAUGCUGGACAGCAAAGGUGCGCACGGAGGAUGAAUUGACAGCAGCGAUAGCGACAGUAACAGGAGAACAAAAGGAUUCUCUCUGUUUCAUUGAGAUUUUCGUGCACAAGGAUGACACUAGUAAAGAGCUGCUGGAGUGGGGAUCUCGAGUUUCAGACGCAAACAGCAGACCUCCAAAACCCCAGUAAUUGAGCUAAUGCUAUGGCAUUUCUGCGAUUGGUAAAUAGGAGGAAUUGAAGCCACAGGAAUACGAACCUAGACAUCACUUUCUACAUUAUAACUAGAAAUAAAAGGAAAGAUGGGAUUCCUUUCUUUGUCUGAAAUUUUUACUAGUCCUGUCACUGCUUUCAGCUUCCAAUUCUAACUGUGUAUAUAAUCCAUCCAUAAUGUAGUUUAAACUCUAUAGCACUCUGUCAAUUAUAAAAAGGAGGUGGAUAUGUGAUGUGAAAUAAUUUAGUUGUCUUGUCGAUGAGGUUGUUUAUACAUGUAUGGCAAAGUGCAAUAUAGAGUUGAACUCAGUUUUAUGAUUA